AUGGCCUUUUCAUUCUCGGAUGAGUUUGGAGGAAUAUCGAUACUUUGUGACAACUGCUUUGUUGAAACAACAAGCCUUACAUAUAUAAAGUGCUUUGAAUGUGAAAUAGAUCUAUGUCUUUCGUGCUUUGUAAACCAAGUGGAGAUAUCCUUACACAGUAAAUACCACAAAUAUAGAGUGGUGUCAAAAAUGGACACUCAGAUUCAUGAAGAAAGAUGGACUCUUAUGGAAGAAAUUUUGUUCAUGGAAGGUCUUAGCGUUUCUGGAAUAGGAAAUUGGUCUGGGAUUUCUAAAUAUAUCGGAAAGGAAAAGGAUGUUGAGAAACACUUUUACAAAGUGUUUAAGUUUGAAAAGAGAGAAGACGAGUUGCCUCGGGUGGCAGAGAGGGCAAGCAAUCCUUAUAGAGGAACAAUCGGUUCGUAUAUGCCUUAUAGAAGGGACUUUGAUGUUGAAUACAUGAAUGAAUACGAAGGCACCAUAAAAGACCUUAGCCCAGAUGAAGGAGAAAUAGAAAGGAGAGUUGUGGAUGCUGUCCUCGACUCGUAUAUGAAGGUAAUUAAGUUUAGAAAUAGAAGGAAGCACGCUAUACUAGAGAAAAAUCUAGUAGACAUGGGUGCUCUAGAGAAAAAGGAUAAGGAUUGCAAGGUUGUAGAUGGGAUUGGAUGGAUUGCACCAUAUUUGACCAGGUCAGAUUUCAAUACCUUUUUCCGUGGGAUAUACAUAGAGGAGAAGCUUCGUGAGCUGUUAAGCAAAUGUAAGCAGGAAGGCAGCAGCGUGCCAAAUUUCAAGGAUGUCUUAUCUUCAGAGUACUUUGUCGACGAAGAGGAAAGGAGACUGUGCAAAACUCAUGGGAUACCACUCGACACAUACAUCGGAAUAAGGAAAGAAAUGGUUUCUUGCCUAACCGGGGGAAAGAGAUGCACAAAAGAAGAUUUCAAUAGACUCUUCGGGUUUUUGAAAGAAACCGAUUCUUUAUACAACUUCUUUCUAGAGCAUGGAUUUAUGGAGAAAAAAGAAAAUAAAUAA